CUACAAAAUUUGGAACAGAGCCUGGAUUUAUUGGUUGUUCCCCCCAAAAUCCUCUCCAUCGUUUCGCAAGUGGUCGUCCUGGGCGAACGGGUCGGCGUGUGCGCAGGCUUCUUCCCGCUGUCGUCGGCGUACUGCCUGGCGUGGAUCUGCCUUGACGUGCUGUUCUGCACGGCGUCCAUCAUGCACCUGUGCACCAUCUCCGUGGACCGCUACCUGUCGCUGCGCUACCCCAUGCGCUUCGGCCGGAACAAGACGCGGCGCCGCGUCACGCUCAAGAUCGUCUUCGUGUGGCUGCUGUCGCUCGCCAUGAGUCUCCCGCUCUCGCUAAUGUACUCGCAGGACCACGCGUCGGUGCUGGUGAAGGGCACGUGCCAGAUCCCGGACCCGCUGUACAAGCUGGUGGGGUCCAUCGUGUGCUUCUACAUCCCGCUGGCCGUGAUGCUGCUGACGUACGCGCUCACCGUGCGCCUGCUGGCGCUGCAGCAGACGCAGCUGGGCGGCGGCGCGCCGGGGCCCGGGCCGGCGCCCUCGCACGCCUCCACGGGCUCCUCGGCCUCCGCCGCCUGGGCCGGCUCGGGCUGGCUGCUGCACGCCGGCCCC